GCUGUUGAAGUUGAUAACGCCGCCAUCUUGAAAAGUGAACUCUGAUGGUCUCUCUUUUCGCGCCUGUCACAAUCUGUUAUAAACACCUAAUUUUUCACAGAAACCUCGUACCUUUCACGGUUUUUUCUUUUUCAUUCCGUUAACCGUUUUGGUCAAAGGUUCUCCAGUCUUCAUGCCGGACUUUGGCAAUAUUCCGCUGUCUUAAUCGGUGUGUGUUAAGUGUUUUGCUGUGGCAGAGGACAUUUCUUCUGCAUGUGUUCUGUACUCAAGGGUCUCUCCAGUUUCAACCGCCUGUGGUGCCUGUAAUGGGCCAGAAGUCCCAAAGAGCACAAGCAUUAUUUUAUUUUUAAUCAGAGUUUUUACCCUCUGGUCUCUGCUACUCUCAGCAGCACCAUGUUUUGGAAGUUUGAUCUGCACACGACGUCCCACAUCGACACACUCCUGGAGAAAGAUGACGUGACGUUGACGGAGGUGAUGGAUGAGGAGGACGUCCUGCAGGAGUGCAAGGCUCAGAACCACAAGCUCGUGGACUUCCUGGUAAGACCACAGUGCAUGGAGGACCUCGUGGUGUACAUCACCCAGGAGCCCAACGAUGAUGUGGAGGAGAAGAUCAAAUACAAGUAUCCCAACAUAUCAUGUGAACUCCUGACCUCAGAUGUUAGCCAGAUCAAUGACAGACUUGGUGAAGAUGAAAGCUUGCUAAUGAAGCUCUACAGCUUCCUACAGAACGAGCCUCCACUCAACCCGCUGCUGGCUAGUUUCUUCAGCAAGGUCCUGAGCAUCCUCAUUGGGAGAAAACCAGAGCAGAUCGUGGAGUUCCUCAGAAAGCGGGAAGACUUUGUGGAUCUGAUGAUCAAACACAUAGGGACCUCAGCCAUUAUGGACCUCCUGCUCAGGAUGCUCACCUGCAUUGAGCCACAGCAGCUUCGACAAGAUGUAUUAAGUUGGCUGAAUGAGGAGAAAGUUAUACAACGGCUAAUGGACAUGGUGCAGCCGUCUCAGGAUGAAGAUAGACACUCAAAUGCGUCCCAGUCGCUCUGUGAGAUCAUUCGACUGAGCAGAGAUCAGAUGUUUCAAGUCCAGGGCUGUUCAGAGCCCGACCCCCUGCUGGCCACACUGGAGAAACAAGAAACAGUAGAACAAUUGCUGUCCAACAUCUUUGACAAAGAGAAGAACGAGUCUGCUAUUGUCAGUGUAAUCCAGAUUCUUCUUACCCUCUUUGAGACACGGAGACCGGCUUUUGAAGGCCAUUUGGAGAUUUGUCCACCUGGUAUGAACCACCCAUCAUUCUCUGUCAAUCAGAGCAUUCUAGAUGCUGUCAGGCCCAGACUCAAAGAUUUUCACCAGCUUUUGCUUGAGCCCCCAAAGAAAACAGUCUUGAACACCACGUGGGGAGUGCUGGAUCCACCCGUGGGAAACACUCGCCUUAAUGUGGUGCGACUAGUGACCAGUCUUCUGCAGACCAAUACUCAUAUCAUUAACCAGGAGCUCAUUGCCCUGAACACACUGGGAGUCAUACUAGACAUGUACUUCAAGUACUUAUGGAAUAACUUCCUACACACACAAGUAGAAAUCUGUACGGCGAUGAUCUUAGCGAUGCCUUCAACCCAAAGUGAAACUCCUGAAAUUAACAGAGACACCGACCAAGAACCUAUAAGAGAAAACAUCCUUAUCAAACAUCUCUUUCAGAAGUGCCAGUUAAUACAAAGAAUUCUUGAUGCCUGGGGAUCAAAUGAGAAGGAACAGGCUGAAGGUGGGCGACGGAGAGGUUACAUGGGUCAUCUGACAAGAAUAGCAAACUCUGUAGUACACAAUAGUGACAAGGGUCCCAACGCAGCACAGAUUCAGCAGCUCAUCUCAGGUUCGUCUCAGUCUGUAUUACUUUAUCAGGUUCUUUUCCAAGCUGUUUUUACUAAUCUCGUUCAUCUUUUUGCAGAACUUUCAGAGGAGGACAGGGAAAGAUGGGAAGCGUUCACUUCAGGACAGCUAGCAGAUACAAACAAGAAAAACACUGUAGACUUAGUUAACACGCAUCACAUACACUCAUCCAGUGAUGAUGAGGUAGAUUUCAAAGACAGCGGUUUUCAUCAGGACUCCUCCCUACAGCAAGCCUUUUCUGAUUAUCAGAUGCAACAAAUGACGUCCAAUUUUAUUGAGCAGUUUGGCUUCAAUGACGAAGAGUUUGCCGAUCAGGAUGAUGUCGGGGAUAUUCCCUUUGAUAGAAUAUCAGACAUCAACUUUUCCUUGAACACAAAUGAAAGUGCAAACAUGGCGCUCUUUGAAGCCUGCUGUAAAGAGAAAAUCCAGCAGUUUGAAGAUGCCGGCUCUGACGAGGAGGAUAUUUGGGACGAGAAAGACGUCACUUUCGCACCGGAAGCUCAGAGACGUUCUAGAAGCUCAGGAAGUACAGACAGCGAGGAGAGCACGGAUUCUGAGGAGGAAGAUGGCAAACGAGACCCAUUUGAGUCUGGGAACGCCACAUCAGAUGACAGAAUGGAAGUGGACAAUGGGGAUGGUCAAGUCUGGACGGCAAAUUUUGAUGACAUACCAAUGGACACUGGCAGCUCAGCGACUCCCAACGCACCCACGUCAGCCUCCCGGCCUACUUUGCCUGAACCUUCAGGCUGGAGCUCUCCAAACACUGCUGCUGAUGGUGAGACGGGCUGGGCCGACUUCUCGAGCUUCACACCUGUCAGCCCCAAGGAUCCUUUGAGGAGCAAUUCCCCUGUAGCCAUGGAGACCAGCAUAGAGGCGACGGACCCUCUGGGUGUCAAUGCACCCAUGCCACAAGAAAACACAGAUCAGUGGCUUUCCAACGACAUCACCCCCACAUUCCCCAGUGGAAAGGUAGAGGCCUCAGAACCCGAGGAAGAGCCCGCCAGCGACCGCAUCACCGAAACGGUCACCAACGGCUCCAUGAAGGAGACGGUCAGUCUUACUGUAGACGCCAAAACCGAAACUGCUGUUUUCAAAAGAGUGUUGAAAUCGUAUCGCGAGGAAGAGAAACUAUCUACCUCUGAAGAUGCAUCUGCAAAGCUCCUUGCUGCCGAGACUGGAGAGUCGGAGAAGAACAAUUGUCCAAGCAACUGUCAGAAACCAGGUUUAAAGCACUUAGAUGAAAAAGCAAACGCCACUUGCGACGCUCUAAAUGGACCUCUAGAGGAUGAGGCCACUAUGGACGAAGCCAAAUCAGAGCAGCGCGCUGCCAACCCCGAGGCAACGGUGAACGGUCCAGCGUGAUGAGAGAAGCCCCGUCAUCCGGCUCCUGUCACCGGAAGAGGCCGACGCCUCGACCGGAGCCCGAAAAGAACCACCAUCACCUCCUCCUUUGCUGCUGCUGCGGUUUCUUACUCCAGCACUGCACUGACGCCACCAGAUCAGGACCAGCAAUAUUCAUAUUAGACAGUUGUACAGAAAGUUUGAACUGUAUGAAGAGAAACAUACUCUAAUGAUUUUUUGCAUUCGUUUAUAUACUAUUG